UCAAAGUAGAGACAGCCGUAAGUCAGUCCUAAAAUAUUCCCCGUUUUGCCGGGAGGAGACGGUGUAAAAACUAUAGCCAAAGCCCGCUCUAUAUUUUGGCACCAAAAUUUUGAACCCCCCGCUCUAUUCGUCUAAUCCCUCUUUUUGCCUCCCUAAAUUUCCCAAUUCUCUUCUCUCUGAGGAUUCAAUUACUCUCUUUCACUCACUUUCAUCUCUUUUCUAUUUCCGAAAUCCCUAUUCUUUUUUUGAGGGUUUUCGUUUUUGAUCCAUUUCUCUGGUUUCCGCUUCUGCUGAUUUCGCUUUGCUUGAUUCUUUUUGCUUGCUUUUUAUGGCGACUCAAACCCUAGAAGACACGAAAACGGAAGAGGAACCUCCGGUCAAGGAGAAGGAGGAGCUCAAAACAGAGGAAAGCAAGCAGGAGAACCAGGAAACGGACAAGGGAGAGAAAAAUCAGGAACUUCCCGGGGAAGUGGUUUCUCGAGACACUAAGGAGCUUGAAGAGACUGUCUUGGAAGACGAGGUUCAUGAAAGUGAGGAGGAAAAGGAACCCAGCGAUAAAGCUAAACCAGGUCGAGAGGGGAGUUCCAAGGAAGACCAAGUCGAGUCUAAGAAAGAAUCACCCGAGAAGAGACCGGGUCAGGAAUCGACUGAAAAAAAGGAGUCUGUUACGCCGGCUAACGAGAGGCCUACUAGGGAGAGAAAGAGUGUGGAGCGGUACUCUGCGCCGUCUGUUGUUCGCUCCUCUUCGAGUAAAACCUUGUCGAUUGAGAAGGGUCGUGGCACGCAGCUUAAGGAGAUUCCAAAUGUGGCUUUCAAGUUGUCCAAGAGAAAACCAGAUGACAAUCUGCAAGUACUUCACUCCAUACUUUUUGGAAAGAAGGCAAAGGCACACAAUUUGAAGAGAAACAUAGGGCAGUUUUCAGGCUUUGUGUGGAUUGAGAGUGAGGAGGAUAAACAGAGAGCCAAAGUAAAGGAGAAGUUAGACAAAUGUGUUAAAGAUAAACUCAUGGAUUUUUGUGAUGUGCUCAAUAUUCCAAUAAGCAAAAGUACUGUGAAAAAGGAAGAACUCUCUGCUAAAUUGUUGCAAUUCCUAGAAUCGCCCCAGGCAACGACACAUAUUUUGCUUGCUGAUGUGGGCCAGAAAGGUAGAAAGCGCAAAGUCACACAAAGCAAAAAUGUUGAACCUAGAGAAGCAUCUGAUAUGCCAGCAAAGAAACAAGCACAGGAUGGAGAGAAGCGAAAGGAGUUAUCUCAAGGUGAAGAGGAAGAUAAGGAUGAUGAUAAAGUCGAGUCAGCAGCUGCUAGUGAUUCUCAUGAAGAUGAUUACUAUGAUUCAGGGCCGAAAGAAGAGAGUGAUCAGGAGGAGAGCAAAUCAGAGGAAGAUGAACCAAAACGACGUAAGUCAAACAAAAGUACUUCAUCAAGAAAGGCUAUGAAAGAGAGUUCUGGGGCUAAACACAAGGACCAUCCUGUACCUGCCAAGAAGAGUUCUCCAGCAAAAUCUGUGAAAGGUUCUGCUAAAUCUACCAAAAAAUCUCCUGGUUCAAUGUCAAAACAAGAUGCUACUGAUGUUGAGGGAACUUCUGCAUCGGUUUCCAAGUCAACUUCUACAAAAAAGCAGAAGGUUGAAAAGGAGAGCCAAAAGGACCAAACUGAUUUGACCAAGGCAAAAGAUACAGGCAGAAAGCAGUCUAACAAAUCAAGGGUGAAGACUCCUAAGGAUCAAGGUAAAGGGAAAGCUACUAAGAAGGCUAAAUUGGAGCCCAGCAGAGCAGAGAUGCAUGCAGUAGUUGUAGAUAUUUUGAAGGAAGUGGACUUCAAUACUGCAACUCUAUCUGAUAUUCUCCGGCAACUUGGUACCCAUUUUGGUUUGGAUUUAAUGCAUAGAAAAGCAGAAGUUAAGGAUAUAAUUACAGAUGUGAUAAGUAAUAUGAGUGAUAAAGACGAUGAUGGAGAAGAUGCCGAGGAAGAUGAAGCUAGUGGUGACAGGGACCAAGAGGGAGAUGGGGAGGAUGAUGCUUAGAUGGUUUUGUCAGAUUGGGAAAGUUGGUAUGAUUAAAUGAAAUUACAUGAGCUAUGGUAUGUUCGUCAGGUAUCAUUCCAAGGGUUUAAUCAACAAUUCAUACAAAUGAGGCUCGUGCAAAUUGGGUGGUGGGGAUCGAAGUAUGCAGCUAGGUUUGUUUGUACCAUAUGCAUUAGUGCUUUCUCAUGUCAAAUAUUUAGUUGACUGGCCUUUAAAUUUCAUUUCUUGGUUAUUACCAUUUUGUAGCUCCUAACCCAUGACCUUGCCCUAAAUAAUUUUUUUUUUUCGUUUUCCCUUUUACUUAGUUGAAACUACUAAUCUGUGAAGGAUUUGGAGGAACGAUAUCUUUUUGCUGCCUAUUGAUUGUAGGAUUUGCCAGUAAACAUUUUUUAUUGAAUUGACAUAGUGCCAAUUUGUCACUUGGGAACUGUGAAGUUGAUAGUUAAACAUAUUACAUAUCAAAUAAACGUGAACGUGAUUACUUGUGUUUGUCUGAA